AUGCGUGUUUUCUAUUGGAAUGCUCGAGGCUUGGACAAGGAUGGUGCAAAGGACAAGUUGAAGGAGUUAUAUCACUUGCACAAUCAUGACAUCAUUUGUAUUGCUGAGCCGUUGGUUCGCUGCACUACUCGUUUUGUCAGGUCUCUUCGCUUGAUUGAUUUUUGUGAGGAUGUGAUUACCAAUGAGGGAGGUGGUGAAAAGGGUAAUAUUUGGGUUUUGUGGAGAUCAUCUCUUUCAAGGCCUUCUGUUUGCUCUUCUUCUAAACAAGCUAUUACUUUUGAGGUUGAUGGUCGUUUUAUUUUGGUUGUGCAUGCUUCUUUUGAUCAGGUUGUUAGGAAAACUCUUUGGUGCCAGUUGGGGCUGGGUUCUAUUUCUCUUCCUUGUAAGUUGAAAAGGUUGAAGGAGGCUAUGAAAGUUUGGAAUAGAACGGUGUAUGGUGAGUUAGAGUUUCGUCUGAAACAGGCUGAGCUAAAGCUUGAGUCUGAGAGUGAUCUGCUAGAUUAUGACCCAGCUCAUGAGGAUGACAUUAAGGACUUCAUUGUCAAUCACUACAAGGAUAAGUUCAAUGGUGGCGAGGUUGAUAUAGAUCCAAAGCUUUUUGACGUUAAUCAUGAGAGUAUUUCGUCUUCUGAAAGUACUCUAAUAUAUGUUGUGCCUACUUUGGAGGAGAUCAAAGAAGCUGUUUUUGAUUUGGGGGAGGAUUCUGCGCCUGUCCCUGAUGGGUUCUCAGGUUUUUUAUAUAAAACUUGUUGGGAUAUAAUUGCUGAUGAUCUUUUUAAUGUCAUUGUUAAUUGUUGGACGUUGCGGAGGAUUCCAAAUGGAAUAGAAUCUAGUUUCAUUAUGCUCAUUUGUAAGAAUGGUAAGUCUGAUGCUAUAAAAGACUUUAGACCAAUUGGUCUAAGUAAUUUUUUCUUCAAAAUCAUUACUAAGAUCAUGUCUACGCGUCUUGGAAUGGUUUUGAACAAGUUAAUUUCUGAAGAACAAGUGGCGUUUAUUAAGGGUAUGAAUAUUCAUGAGAUUGUAGCUUUGUCCUCGGAGUUGAUCAAUGAGAUCAAUGCGAAUAGGAAGUUUGGCAAUGUUGGCCUCAAGCUGGACAUAGCUCAGGCCUUUGACACUGUGAGUUGGAAGUUUAUUAAAGAGGUAUUUCGUCAGUAUGGAUUUUCUGAUACUUGGUGUGGGUUUAUCAAUAGUAUUCUUAUCUCUGCUAGGAUUUCUGUCAUGGUUAAUGGAAGUCCCGAAGGUUUUUUCAGUAUCUCUCGAGGAUUGAGACAAGGGGAUCCGCUUUCCCCUUUGAUAUUUGUGCUUAUUGAAGAUAUCUUAAGUCGUAAUAUUUAUAAUAUGUUUGCAAGACGUAGCAUGCAUCAUAUGGUGAUUAAGAAGGGUGUGUCUCCAACUCAUCUUCUUUUUGCGGAUGAUAUUCUCGUUUUCUGUAGAGCCUGGCAAGUUGUUGAGAAGAUUAUGGAAAAGUUUGCUGGUUGGAAGGGCAAGCUUCUUUAUUUUCAGGCAAGGUUGGUGCUAAUCAAAUCAGUGAUUUCUAGUUAUGUUAUCCACUCAAUGGCUGUCUAUAAAUGGCCAUGUUCUAUCACUAAAAAGGUGGAACGGGCCAUUAGAAACUUUCUUUGGUCUGGUGAUGCGGAGAAGCGUAAACACUUUACUGUUCUUUAUGAUAACCUUUGUUGUUCAAGGCGUGAAGGUGGUCUUGGUAUUCCGAGGCUGUUGGAUGUUAACAAAGCUAUGUUGAUGAAACUGUGGAUUUCUAUAAGGGACUCAGAUAAGACUUGGGCCAUAUUCUUGAGAGAAAAGUAUCUUAAGAAUAAUGGUAAUCUGAUUGAUUACAAGCUGGGUUCUUCGGUAUUUCCAGGAAUUCGUUUUGUUUACAAUUUUGUACAGAAGCACACGAGAGCUAUAAUAAGUGAUGGAGCUUCCACUACUCUUUUCUUUGACAAUUGGUGUGGUGAUUCGAUUGCUAAGAGACUUGGCAUCUCUUCUAAGGGUCCGGCAGAUUUCAAUUCGAGAGUUAGUGAUAUUAUCACUGAUGGUGCUUGGUGUAUUCCUCCAAAUACUAUAAAUCUGAUGAUUCGUUGCAACAUUGAUAUAGAUAACUUAUCAGUUAUUGCUGGUGGUGAAGAUUAUAAGAUAUGGGACUUGGAUAAGAAGGGUAUUUUCUUUGUUAAGUCUGCCAAAGCUGCUCUCAAAGUUGUUGCUGAUGUUCAUCCCACUGCUGCUUUGUUCUCGAGGAAGGUGGUUCAUCCUACUUUGAGCGUUCAAUAUUGGAAUAUUUGGGUUAAUUAUUUUUGUGCAAGUGAUGAUAAUGUCAUUAAAAAACUGGCAGGAUCAUGCCUUCAAUGUGUCGUCCGUGUAGAAGAAGUGGCGAGUCUUUGA